AUGUGUGGAAUUCUGUUCCGCUUGCUUCAAAGUUCGAACUUGGGUGAUGAAAGUUUUUCAAAUUCAUCUCGUAAAGAUUUAUGGAAUCAAUUAAUGACUAAAAAUACGCAACGUGGUCCCGACAUUCAAGAUCAAUAUUCUGAAUCAUUAGAUAAUUUUGAAUUGGAUUUUUUUGGUGCAGUAUUGCAUCUGAGGGGAAAGUCUGUUAUUAAACAACCUUUAAUAGAUGAUGAUCAAAAUAUUUUAUUAUGGAAUGGUGAAAUAUUUGAUGGUUUAGAGGUGCCUUUUGGAGAAAAUGAUACGAUUUGUUUAUCAACAGCCUUGAAAGAUAGUAAAAAUAUUAGCAAUGAAAUUAAUGAUAAUAAUGGCGUCGUUAAGGUUCUUCAAAUGAUUGAGGGUCCGUACUCAAUUAUAUAUUGGCAGGGUUCAAAACGAAAACUAUGGUUUGGACGUGAUUGUUUAGGAAGGCGUUCGUUAUUAUGGCAUAUCCCCUCUGAUGAGAGAGAUAGUUUUUUGCUAACCUCUGUGGGUUGUAAAGUACCGCACAGACCAGAACAUUUUGAAGCAGUAUCUUAUUUUCAGGAAGUUCCUGCUGAUGGUAUCUAUUGUUUAGAUAUUAAUACCAUGUUAUCAUCGGGAAGUUUAGGUUCUUUUAAAAAAUUUCUGACUCAUUUCAAAUGGGAUUUACCAUUCGGUAGACUCAAUGGCACACUUCCAAAUUUAAAUGAACUUCCGUCAACUUCUCCAGAAUCUGCAUCGAAUCCUUUUGUUCCUGCAAUAUCUUUAGAAAUGGAACAAGCUAUUAAUCAGAUGAUUGAUGUGUUGGGUGAUUCUGUGCGUCGACGAGUUUCUGAGAUUCCGCGAAUAGGGAGACAAGAGGAUGCUAGUGUAGCAAUUUUGUUCUCUGGGGGAUUAGAUUGUAUUUGUCUUGCUGCGUUGGCAGAUAAAUAUAUUCCACAUGGAAAACCUAUAGAUUUAUUAAAUGUGAGUUUUGAGAAUCCUAGAAUACAACAAUCAAAAAAGAAAAAAACAGCUAAAGAAAGUGAUAAAAAGAAACCGAUUUAUGAUGUCCCUGAUAGAUUGACUGGUCGGCAAGGUGUCGAAGAAUUGAGAAAAAUUUCACCAAAUAGAAUAUGGAAUUUUGUUGAAGUGAAUGUUCCUUACGAAGAAGUUUGCCAAUAUAAAGGUGAAAUUCUAGAAUUAAUGUCUCCCUCAGAUACAAUUAUGGAUCUGAGUAUAGCAAUGGCUUUUUGGUUCGCUGUAAGAGGCAAUGGCCAAAUUGCAUGUCCUAAUGGUUCAGAGGAAUUUAUAAAAUUUGAGAGCAAUGCAAGAGUAAUACUCAUUGGAGUAGGUGCAGACGAAUUACUUGCUGGAUAUUCGCGUCAUCGUGAAGCAUUUAAUCAAGGUGGAUGGGAAAAAUUGAUUCAAGAGGCAAAAAAUCGUUUAAUUGCUCCAAAUUAG